UCCAGAAGGUGGCCAUCAUUCAAGGUAAACUGAAGACAAAUAGAGGCGGACCGGGUGUGGGUUUUAUUCUCAUGGGUGAUUGGAUGAGGUUGGUAUUUAAAAAGACUUGAGAGCAGCGAAGACAAUUUUAGUAAAUAUUAGUUAAGGAAGACGAGCACAUCUUCAGCGACUGCUGAUUUGGAAAAGUCAUGAGUGGAUGUCCGUACUUUGAGAAGAAGCAUUUGUUGUUCAAAAACAAGCCUCCAAAUCCUGAAGAGAACGAUGCCUCGCAGGCAGGAGUUAACAAGGCCAGUAAAGGAGGAAUCCUCUAUGGGGACUACCUGCAGCUUGAUAAAGUCCUCUCAGGCCAGGUGUUGCAGAGUGAAGUGAAAGGUAAUAAGAUCCACGAUGAGCACCUCUUCAUUGUCACCCAUCAAGCUUAUGAAUUGUGGUUCAAACAGAUUUUGUUUGAACUCGAUUCAGUGCGGGAGAUCUUCACCAGUGGACAUGUACGAGACGAGCGCAACAUGCUCAAGGUCAACACGCGUAUCCACAGGAUUGUGAUGAUACUCCGGCUGCUUGUCGACCAGUUUUCUGUGCUGGAGACGAUGACAGCACUGGACUUUUUUGACUUUCGGGAAUACCUGUCACCAGCCUCCGGCUUCCAAAGUCUUCAGUUUCGACUCCUGGAGAAUAAAAUCGGGGUCCCGGACAACCACAGGGUCCCAUACAACAGGAAACAUUACAGGGACAACUUCAGUGGCCAUGACAGCGAGAUGCUGCUCGCCACCGAACAGGAGCCCACACUCUUGAAGUUAGUCGAGGAGUGGCUGGAGAGAACUCCUGGUUUGGAGGUGGACGGAUUCAAUUUCUGGGAACGGCUGGAAAUCAAUAUAUUUGACGGGCUGAAUCAAGAGAGGGAGAACAUUGCAGAAAUGACAGAUUCUGAGGAGAAGGAGGAAAUGAUGGCUGAGGUGGUCAAACAGAAAGAGCUCUUCACGUCUCUGUUUGAUGAAAAGCGCCACGACCAUCUGAUGAGCAAAGGUGAGAGGCGGCUCUCUUACAAGGCUCUCCAAGGCGCUCUGAUGAUCUUCUUUUACAGGGAGGAGCCGAGGUUCCAGGUUCCUUUUCAGCUGCUCACAUCCCUCAUGGAUAUUGACACCCUGAUGACAAAAUGGAGAUACAACCACGUGUGCAUGGUGCACCGCAUGAUCGGCAGCAAAGCCGGAACUGGAGGCUCCUCUGGCUACCACUACCUGAGAUCGACUGUCAGUGACCGCUACAAAGUGUUUGUGGAUCUCUUUAACCUGGCAACGUUCCUGGUGCCUCGCCACUGGGUGCCCAAGCUGAAUCCCAACGUUCACACCUUCCUCUACAUGGCCGAGUACUGCGACAGCUCCUACUGCAGCAGCGAGGACUCGGACUCGGAGCCUUCACACUCGCCGCCUGAGAGACAUUAAGGAAAGACGUCUCAGAGGAUAUCCGUUUUAGCGUGACAGAUCAAAAUAUAAACAUGGGAUUAUAAAGGACAGAGGUAGGAUCUUGAUGUGAGGAACAAUUUAAAGCAUUUGAAGGUGGCGUGAGAUGUAAAUAGAGGAAAAUCAUGUUAAAAAAAUGUAAUUGCUAGUCCAUUAGUGAGGCUACAAAACCUGUGACACACCAGAAUAAUUCAAACUGCCAUAGUGGACCAGUUCUGCUCUAAUCUCUAAUCUUGACUGGUCAUGAGUCACGACAACAGCAGAUGGCUCCUUGAUAAGAUUUGCUCAGAUGUUUUCUCGACAACAUUAUGCAAAUUUUCACAGUGAAUUGACCUGAAAGCAAACGGACCGGUGAGCACAGUGAUCAAACUGGUGCUAAUGCAGACUUUUCCUUUUCUUUUUUUUUAUUCUCUCCACAAUCAAUGAAUCAUCUUUCAUGUCAGCGCAGGGAAGGUGUCGGAGAGCGAGCUAUUUCCAGCGACUCAGAUGUAGCUCGGGUGGAAUCCUCUGUAUAAACAAUCAAUGUCAACAUCUACAAUAUGUGAAGCCAUUUAACAGUAGCCACAACAUCUGUACAUAAUGUUAAUAAUGUGGUUGUAUUUAUGCAAUAAAUACUCUUAUCUGUGUAUACAUUUGAGUUAUAUAACCCACGACGUGUAUCUACCUUAUACUGUAUUUUUGUACUGUGUGUCUGCUCAUGUUAUUAGUUUUACUGUGGUGUGUGUGUGUGUGUAUGUGAGAACAUCGCUCAAUUAUGACCCAACAUUUAUCAAGAUGUGGCGUGAUUUAUUUUGUUAUGGUGAUGCAUUUCAAUAAAAAGAAACAUUAUUUA